CUCUCGAGAUCUAUAUAAAUAGCCACCCUCUGCACAACCAUUUCACUCACCCAAAUCCCCAUCUCAUCAGCUUCCUUCUUCUCUUUCCCUUUCAAGGAAAACAUUGUCUGUUCUGGUUCUGGUUCAAGUUCAAAAAUGGCUUUUUUAGCUCCAACCCAAUCCAUUCUACAACUCUUCUUUCUGAUCUCACUCUUCCAUGGAUCUUUUGCAUCAAGAAAACUCACUGAGUUGGUCCAAGAACCGCAAACCCAGCUCUUGGAAUACCACAAUGGCCCUCUUCUUUUCGGAAAAACUUCCAUUAACCUCAUCUGGUACGGAAAAUUCAAGCCAUCCCAAAGAGCAAUCAUCUCCGAUUUCAUUACCUCAUUCUCAUCUUCAUCACCUCAAAGCCAACCCUCCGUCGCCACGUGGUGGAAGACCACUGAGAAAUACUACCACCAUGCCAAUGCCAAGAGACCUUUAUCUCUGUAUCUGGGUAAACAAAUACUCGACGAAAGCUACUCUCUCGGAAAGUCACUCACACAGAAACAAUUGGUACAAUUGGCUUCAAGGGGUGAACAAAGAUACUCCAUCAACGUUGUAUUAACAGCAUCUGAUGUUACCGUUGAUGGGUUUUGUAUGAGCAGGUGUGGGACCCAUGGGUCCUCCAGAAGUGCUCUUGUGAAGGGUAAGAAUUACAGGUUUGCAUACAUCUGGGUUGGCAAUUCGGAAACUCAGUGCCCUGGUUACUGUGCUUGGCCGUUUCACCAACCCAUUUACGGACCACAGACUUCACCCCUGGGUGCACCCAAUAAUGAUUUGGGUUUGGACGCAAUGGUUAUAAACUUGGCUAGUCUUUUGGCUGGGACCGCCACGAACCCAUUUGGAAACGGCUACUAUCAGGGACCAGCAGGUGCACCACUUGAGGCAGCCUCAGCUUGUCCCGGAGUCUAUGCUAAUGGAGCCUACCCAGGUUACGCUGGGGAUCUGUUGCUGGACCCUACAACCGGUGCUAGCUAUAACGCACAUGGUGCGAAAGGGAGAAAGUACUUGCUUCCAGCUUUAUACGAUCCUUCAACUUCUUCAUGUUCCACUUUGGUUUAAACAAAUUGAGGUUCCGUGUGGAUAAAAUAGGGACAUUAGUAGGAUGUACACCACGAAAAUAUAUAGAAAAUUCAUUAAUUUGUUCAUUUGUCUACCACUUCAACACAUGAUAGAACAGUAAAUUACUCCGGUUUUGCUUCAUU